ACUCACAAAGUGAGUUUACUUGCUGCUGGUGUAUUUGGUCACAGCCUUGGUUCCUUCACUGACAGCGUGUUUGGCCAGUUCACCGGGCAAAAGCAACCUGAUAGCGGUCUGGAUCUCACGAGAACUGAUGGUUGAUUUCUUGUUGUAGUGGGCAAGGCGGGAAGCUUCGGUGGCGAUGCGCUCGAAGAUGUCGUUGACAAACGAGUUCAUGAUGCCCAUGGCUUUGCUGGAGAUACCAGUGUCAGGGUGAACUUGCUUCAACACCUUGUAGAUGUAGAUGGCAUAGCUUUCCUUUCUCUUUCCCCUCCUCUUCUUCUUUCCAUCAGAUGGAGCCUUUGCCUUUCCAGCUCUCUUCUCGCCUUUCUUUCCUGCAACUUUGGGUGCCAUGUCUGUCGAUCAGAAUGGAAGUGAAUGCAAUGAGUUGACCCAGAUUCUGUUUAUAUGAAAACCAUUAGGGGAUCAAUUAACAUACGGAUCGAAAUCGUUGAGUUUUAAUUGGUUGCUUUAUUUCAAGGUCAAUAUGCUUCCUGUAUACAUCAUCAUAUUUCAUUAGACACUUUUUAAGUCUGAUUGGUGCGUUUCGAUCCCAUUCAAAUUUUACCGCGCGUAUAAACUCUAAGGUUUGUAAGUUCAGUUCAUUCACUCGAACAUUAUCGAGCUAUUAAACGGUUAUUUUCAAAACAUGUCCGGUCGCGGUAAAGGAAAGGCAAAGGGCACCAAGUCCAAAAGCCGAUCAUCCCGAGCAGGACUUCAGUUCCCUGUGGGACGUAUCCACCGUCUUCUUCGCAAAGGCAACUAUGCUGAGCGUGUUGGCGCUGGUGCUCCAGUCUACUUGGCUGCGGUGCUCGAGUAUUUAAGCGCUGAGAUCCUCGAGUUGGCGGGCAAUGCUGCUCGUGACAACAAGAAAACCAGAAUCAUUCCCCGUCACCUUCAGCUUGCUGUCCGCAACGAUGAAGAGUUGAACAAACUGCUCGCCGGCGUCACCAUCGCUCAAGGAGGUGUUCUGCCCAACAUCCAGGCUGUUCUUCUGCCCAAGAAGACCGAGAAGAAGAUAAAAGCCUAAACAGUCCUACGCGGCGUUAAAACAAACGGCUCUUUUAGGAGCCACCACAUAUAAAAAAGUCAUGACCAUAAAAAGAAAAACACAUCAACCAAUUUGUUGAUUUAUUCUUCUCUGAAUAAGUCAGUGAAGCCAGAAAGUAACCCCUGAUUCAACUUGCAUGAUAAUCCUUAUAACUUACGGUUAAAACUCCAUUUAUCAAAACAGAAAGCUUUGAUUUCUUAAAGAGGCUAUGUCACCCAACACGCAUGCGCAAGCCAAUGAAAACAAACUUGAAAAAGACAGCCCAACUUUUUCAAGUUGUGUCGGAGAUUUUGGAAGGCUGUUUUUAUCUGUCUAAAUCUCAGCCAUCGUUCGAUAGUUAGCGAAGUUUUGUAUUAAGAAUCAUUCUAUGGUGAUUACAGAACAAUUUUUUGGCGUUAUUUUAAAAUUGUUUGCCUGUGGAAUGUUUUUACGUGGAUUUACUGUGUUCUCUUAUCAGCGGCCGUUGUAAUGGCAGAGUUAAUGACGGCUACUCCACAAUGAGUGAUGGAAUCUUUGAUGGAAUCUUCCCUAUAGUUCACAGGACCUUUCUAUUGAGUUAUUUUAGAGGCUGCUGGCUCUUGGAUUUUUCUUGUGCUCAAAGUAUGUGGACAUAUAAUGAAGCGGCUAUCGAGUUGGCGGCGGCCGUUUUUUGUAAACGAUUACAAGAGCAUCAGGCCAUGACGAGUUUCGUGACGAAACUAAACUCCUGGCGAAGGAAACAUUCUAAAAUUCGGCUAGAUUCCUUCUUGUAUUUAUCUCGAUUCACGGCAAAGAUAAGCACGACCGUUUGCUCGUCCAGAUUGUUCUCAACGGACUUAGAGAGGCACCUUAGUACGAGUUAGAUCCUGUAAAUGCCAUGUUUUUGAACUGUUUGUGUUGGAGCAUAAUUUUGGAAAAUAGCAGAGUUUGCUUUCCCUUUUUAUCAACGGACUGCUUAUAGUGGAGUAGUAUACCAAUGAUGCUGGGUUCUGUUUUUCUCGACGUCGCAGUGAUUCGGCACGAUUGAACAAUUUUGCGCGAUAAUGUAUGUUUCCCUAAGAUCAAAACAAAGACUUGGUCUCUUGUUCUAUCAGCAUCUAAAUUAUAAAAUCAAUAGCGACAGACAAGUCUAAUUGUUAAUGAUUUGAAACAGUCUUGGUCUUUAUCUUCGGUCUAGCGUCUUUUGUAGCUCGUUUGUAAAAUACAACUUCCAUUUAUUUUGUUGAAUAAGACAAUAUGUUGUUGUUGAAUUUUUGUUUGCGCUCUAUUUUAUGAAUGGCAUGCGUUUUUACUUCAAAACUACAAGUAAAAUUGUCGCCGCAAUUUUAUUCUUGAUUUAGCAUAACCAGAGAAGAAACGUUCCAUAAAUUCUAUCGAAAUAUCCCUUAUCUAAACCCAUUUCGCUAAACCUCUCUAAAUUCGGAACCUUGGACGUGACAGAGAACAUGAAGAAAGUCACGCGUUAAAAACAAUAGAAUUUUGACAGUUGAAAGUAAUUUGCAUAACCUCACAGCGCACAUGGAGAAAGUCACGCGUUAAAAACAAUAGAAUUUUGACAGUUGAAAGUUAUUUGCAUAACCUCAGAGCGCAUGCUCUCCAGCUGACAUAGCCCCUUUAAGUGGGUCUUGAAUUCCACGGAAGAAUUAACCAAUAAAGUUUCUGGGUUUAGACGUUGAUUAGUGCGUGGUGUUUUGGGUACUUUAUACAGAAGGGGAAAAUAAACCACCCAUGAAACGGCAAUAUUUUGACAUUUUAGAGAGGAGUAGAAAUUAGGCGCGCACUGCGAAAAAGAUCAGUAAAAUAUGUGAAAUACAUAUAAAUAGUAAAGUUCCAAUAUGUGCAUCUAUAAAUGGCGGUGGAUUUUCCAAACUGUCUCAUAGAUCACCGCGUUACAUCAAAUGCAAAUCUGUUCAGUUUAUAACGACGCCGGCGCGCAAUUUGUUUUUCUUUUGUCUCAAUGCCUCAACGAGCGUCCGUUAUACAGUUGAUUGCUUUGUGGCAAAAACGCAUCUUUGCUAGAACCUCUACAACGACAUCAUACAAAAAUAAAAAUAAUAUUACUGACUGUCUUUUCUUCAACGGGAAACCCCACGCGCGGUGUACAUUAAAUACGAGAGUAAUAUCACUUUAUUGGCUAUGACUUUUAAAGAUUUGGUGGCUCCUAAAAGAGCCGUUUGUUUGGGUGGGUAACGCAAAGAUCUAACCGCCAAAUCCGUACAGAGUACGUCCUUGGCGUUUGAGAGCGUACACCACAUCCAUGGCGGUCACAGUCUUGCGUUUGGCGUGCUCGGUGUAGGUAACGGCAUCACGGAUCACAUUCUCCAAGAAAACUUUGAGAACACCACGAGUCUCUUCGUAGAUGAGGCCAGAGAUUCGCUUGACACCGCCACGGCGAGCAAGACGACGGAUGGCAGGCUUGGUGAUGCCUUGGAUGUUGUCACGAAGAAUCUUUCGGUGACGCUUAGCGCCUCCUUUUCCUAGACCUUUGCCUCCUUUACCGCGACCAGACAUGUUGAUGUUCUAUCUUGAAACAGGAUAAUGACUCAAACCUUGAGAAUUCUUGUUUUUAUACCACAAACAAUGACCUCACGGGAAACAGGCUAAAAGAAGUGUAAUUAGCUAUAGUUGUUCGCCAUUGGUGGAUAGAAACAAAAGAGCCAUGAGGUCAAGAUAAUCAUUACCAUCUAUUGCCUCACCAGACAAGACCGAACAUGUUAGAGGAGCAAAAACUUCACAUUAUCACUAACAAACGUGCGACCUAACUCCUCGACGAAUCUUAUGAAGAUAUUUUCUAACAACUAAGAACGAAAGCUAACAAAUUAUUGUUUCCCAUGAAUAAAAAACCUUAAGUGGCAUACAGGAUCGAAAUGCAAUCCCAGAUCAUGAGACUAUUUUGCAAGCAGUUUUGGUUAUCCAAUGAAAUUGCAUAGUUUAUAACCAAUCAGGAAAUAGCGCGCUAAGAAUAAAGUAUUUGGGAUUACCGUCGAAAAAUUAUUCGUUGACUUUUGAGUUAGCAGAAAUGGCACGUACAAAGCAAACUGCCCGUAAAUCAACUGGUGGAAAAGCUCCACGAAAACAGCUCGCCACAAAGGCAGCUCGUAAGAGCGCGCCUGCCACUGGAGGAGUCAAGAAACCUCAUCGUUACAGGCCUGGUACAGUGGCUCUUCGUGAAAUUCGUCGUUAUCAGAAAUCCACCGAGCUGCUAAUCCGCAAGCUGCCCUUCCAGCGUCUUGUGCGAGAAAUCGCUCAAGACUUCAAGACCGAUCUGCGUUUCCAGAGCUCUGCUGUGAUGGCUCUUCAAGAAGCAAGCGAGGCCUAUCUCGUUGGUCUGUUUGAAGACACCAACUUGUGCGCCAUCCACGCCAAGCGUGUCACCAUCAUGCCCAAAGACAUUCAGUUGGCCCGCCGAAUCCGCGGAGAGCGUGCAUAAGUCGAUUGCUUCCAAUACUUACAACACAAACGGCUCUUUUAGGAGCCACCACAUCAAUAAAAGCAAUAACCAACAGAAAUGAAUUUUGUGUCCUUCCAUGUUUCCACUCCUUUAGGCACAAAAGCUAUGGCGAGUCGAAGGUCUAAAAUUUUCUUUCUUAUAACAAGCCAAACGGUUUUCGCAGCUCCAAGAAUGAGUGAGAUAUUUUUGUGACAAGAAUUUUUAAGUAAGGAACUUAGAAGGCAGAAAUCAACGAAAAUGAUACAAAUGUUUUAUCGGUUUAACUUGGUAACAAAUGAUGCGAAAAAAGCUACUUUACCUUUUUUUGUUCCCUGCCAAUGAAUUCUCCCAGUUGAACGCGCGAUUCAUUUAGGACAUUUAGUUUUAUGCGCAUGAAAUUGGUUAGUGAAUCAAAUCUGUAAAAACACUACAAAGUUGUCUGAAUAUUCUCAGGAAAAACAUAUCCAUAAAAACGGAAACCACAGGAUUUAAAAAAUAGCUAGUGAAUGAGGCGCUCUUUCUUUUUUAAAAAUCUCUACCGUCGGUACAGCCGCCAACCCCUCAGAAAAUAUGAUCACAACAUGGCUCAAUAAAUAUAAAAUGUUCCAGUCAUAAAAGUAAAUCAGAAGGAAGGUUAACCUUAUCUCCAUGACUAAAAACUGACCUUUCAGUUCUAACAAUAUUUUAACAGCCGACUGCCGCUCAUUUUUUGAAACACAAAAUGGUUCCAACAUAAUACGAACAUCUAUAUUCACUGUCUACUAACAUAAGAUCGCUGCAUCUACCAGUGGAAGGAAAUUUUGAUAUACCUUAGUUAAAUGCACAUCGAACCGUCGGUGAUUUUGCUAGUGACUCACUAAAAAAAUUACCGACAGUUAAUCAGAUCUCGAAAAUCUUGACCGCCUGCCGACCAUUUAGACACUCAGCCUGACUUUCAACAACUUAUGAAGUUUAGUCUUGUUGAAAUGCUCUCAAACUCGGUCCUGUUUAUCGGCAAACAGUUGAAACGUUCAGACGAAAAUGAAAUUCCCUGGAUUUGAUAAGCACCAGCUCAUCGUACUCCGGGAUCGUAAUAGCCUUCUCUCGACUUCUCUCCCUUGCGAAUGGAUGCAAGCGACUUUGUCCUUGUUACGAUGACAAAAGAGAGUUGAAACCAAGUUAAAUUAGAGAUAAUGUGAAGAUUAUAGCAAGAGACUUGAAGUGUAAUAGUUCUCCUAUCUCCCAAAUGUUUCUAUACAGAAAAAAGGUCGCAGGAGCAACAGUUAUACGACUUAAAAGAUAAAAUUGUUUCAAAAUUGACCGAAGGGGAAGGAUAAAAGGUCAUUUAUUAUUUCUUAUACUUGCCUUACCUCGCACUUAUUUAAGGUAAUCAGUUCUUCAAAGACUUAACGUUCAAUUUUUGAAUUUUAGAAGCGAUUAAUUUUUCUGUUACAUCACUUUAUUUGACAAAACCCAAAGAAAACUAGCACAGAAGAAUCGGGCGCCAUGUUCGUUUGCUGUCUCCUCAGUGGUCCGCAUACAAGUAAUUUACAUCAGCUAACAGCAUCCGAAGCAUCAGUUCUUUCGUAUCCGAAGGUAUCGUUCAAACUCCGUCAUGUCUGAAGCAGCACAAGCAAAGUCACCGGCUAAAAAGAAGUCAUCUAAGCCUAAAAAGCCAGCUGAUCAUCCACCGUACAGUGAGAUGAUCAAAGCUGCUAUUGUAGCUCUGAAAGAGCGAGGCGGAUCUUCGCGCCAAGCCAUCGAGAAGUACAUCAAAGCCAACUACAAGGUUGGCGAGGUUGGCCCACACUUGAAGACGGCUCUCAAGAGAGGAGUUACUGGUGGAAAGUUAGUACACACCAAAGGAGUUGGCGCUUCUGGUUCCUUCAAGGUGCCCAAGGAGGAAAAGAAGGCUCCGAAGAAAGCAGCGAAGAAGCCAAAGAAGCCCGCCGCCAAGAAGGUAGCAAAGAAACCAGCGGCUAAAAAGCCAGCGGCGAAGAAACCAGCGGCUAAAAAGAAGCCAGCCAAGAAAACAGCAGUUAAAAAGCCCAGUAAGAAAUCGACACCGAAAAAGACUGCAGCAAAGAAACCAGCCGUCAAAAAAGCUACAGGAAAGAAGACAAAGAAGCCUGCAGCCAAAAAGCCCGCCAAGAAAACUGCCGCCAAAAAAACCGCCAAGAAGUAA